GCUUGAGACUGGGCCGGGCGGAGGAAGUUUGCUCUGUGGUGCUGAACGAAACUUUUCCCUGGAGCGACAGUGGGGGAUCAGAAAUACUGAAAAAUUGUCCCGCUAGAGCAUCAGAUCCAGCCGCGGAGGGAAUUCUGUUUUCACGGCGUUGAAAGACCAAGCAUCUACGAUUGUGAAAUUGCCUGAGAACAUCAAAAGGAUUUUUCCCCCUACGUUCUAACCCCCGCUUUCCCCAAUCCUGUUACCCCUUCUUGAUCCGAGAUGGGGAAGGAGCAGGAACUUCUAGAGGCGGCGCGUACAGGAAAUCUUGCCGCCGUGGAAAAGCUUCUCUCUGGCAAACGACAGUCGUCUGGAAGUGGCAGUGGAUCAUCGGGGGCUGGUGGAAGCAGCAAUAGCAGUGGUCACAAUGCUUCUCACCCGCUUUCCAGCCUUCUCAGUAUCUGGAGGGGUCCUAAUGUGAACUGUGUGGACAGCACUGGGUACACUCCUCUACACCACGCGGCCCUGAACGGACACAGUGAGGUUGUGGAGGCGCUGCUUCGCAACGAGGCCUUGACCAACAUCGCUGACAAUAAGGGCUGCUACCCCCUGCACCUGGCCGCAUGGAAGGGGGAUCAACGUAUCGUCAGGCUGCUCAUUCAUCAAGGCCCAUCACACCCCAAACUCAACGAACAGAGCUCUUCUGUAGAGCACAAAGAGUUCAAACGCUGCGGGCCCUUUGACCUGCAUAUGAAUGCCAAGAACAACGACAACGAGACCCCCCUCCACUGUGCUGCCCAGUACGGCCACUCUGAGGUGGUCCGUCUGCUGCUGGAGGAGCUGACCGACCCCACCAUGCGCAACAACCGGUUCGAGUCUCCGCUGGACCUGGCGGCGCUCUACGGCCGGCUGGAGGUGGUCAAGCUGCUGCUCACCGCCCACCCCAACCUGCUCAGCUGCAACACCAAGAAACACACGCCGCUGCACCUGGCCUCGCGCAACGGACACCUGCCUGUGGUGGAGGUGCUGCUGGACGCCGGCAUGGACAUCAACUACGAGACGGAGAAGGGCAGUGCCCUCCAUGAAGCCGCUUUGUUUGGGAAGACCGAUGUGGUGCAGAAACUCCUGAGUGCAGGGAUUAAUGUGAACAUGCUGGACAACAGGGGUCUGACAGCGCUGGACACUGUUAGAGAGAUGCCAUCACAGAAGAGUCGGCAAAUAGCAGCUCUAAUCCUGGGUCAUAUGUCAGGAAAUCCACCUGAUUUGCCUCCUCCCCCUGUCCCUCCACCUAAUGACAGCCCUUGCCAGAGGAAAAAGGUUGAGCUGGAAGUAGUGAGUGAGCUGAUUUCGGGACUUGCCCCGGGGGCUGAAGAGGAGAGCCCGUACGAAGCUCUGUUUGAGGCCACCUCCUGCCAUUCUCUGGACAGCUUGGCUAGCGGCAAGUCCUCCGACAGAGACUCUGGGCGACCUGACAGUGAAGCUGGAAAGGUUGGUGUCAAAGUCUGCCUUCCAAAAGAUCGACUGGCUCAACAAUCACAUCCUGUCCCAGGCCAUGAAGAGGUUAGUUCAGAGGCCCUGUACACUAACAGCAGUAUCGAUGAGAGGGGGGAGACAGCCGACGAGGAGCACACUUACGAGCUGCUGCUGUCCGCCCAGACCAAAGCCCCCCAGGCGAGGCCGGACCCUGCGUCCCAGAAAGAUGAGAACACUACAGGCCCCCAGUCUUCUAACAGUGCCCUACCUCAGCAGCGGAAGCCCAACGCCCCUAGUGACCUCCGGCCGCCAGGCAAGACGGGGGACACCCUGAAGCCCCCUGGAUCUCCCGUGGUUGGGCCUGGACGGGCGGGCGUCCGUCCCCCUGGUGAUAACUCCCUGCUUGGCCAGGACCUGGCCGCCGUACCCGAAGUGUUCACCGGCCUCCUGCACGGGUCCUCGCCGGUCUUCGACUGUCGGGAGGAGCCCCACAGCAGACUGCCAGGUGAAGUCCAGACACAGCCCGGCCAAGGGUCCCAGUCAGCGCCGGCUCCGAAGGUUUCCACCAAAGCAACGGAAGCGCCGCCGCCCCCUCUGCCUCCUCUGAACAUCAACAUGGCUGCCAUCCUCACAGACUGUGACCCCAAAGCCAUAUAUGCCACGGUUUCUAAAGGGGAGCCCAGGGACAGGGACUUUGUGUCAGGGGCUUUGCCCGCUGGCAGGAUGUGUCCUCCCAGGGACCUUAAGCUGGCCCGCAGUCUCUCCAAGUCCGACUCUGACCUUUUGGUGUCACCGCCCAGCGAGGAGGAGGCCGGUCUGGGCAGUCGCAGUGAGUCCGUCUCUAAUUGCAGUGCCGCCAAGAAGAGGCUGGAGAAGUCGCCAUCGUUUGCUUCUGAAUGGGAUGAGCAGAUACCUCCCACACUACCUGCUCGGAGAUCUCAGUCCAUUGAAAGUAUUGAGAAGAUCAUGACACUGAUUGGAGCAGGCAUUGAUUUCUCCAGAGACCAGCAGUACGCUACCCCAGGUGGGGCUUCGGGGCGUCUGCUGGACCAGCCCGUGGGGGACUGGCUGGAGCACGUGGGGCUGCCGCAGUACGAGAGCAAGCUGCUGCUCAACGGCUUCGACGACCUGCACUUCAUGGGUAGUAAUGUGAUGGAGGACCAAGACCUACGAGAGAUUGGCAUCUCAGACCCGGGACAUCGAAGGAAGCUCCUGCAUGCAGCUCGGUCUCUGCCCAAGGUGAAGGCCCUGGGCUGCGACGGCAGUAGCUCUCUCUCCUCGUGGCUGGAACUCCUGGGCCUGCAAGAGUAUCUGCACAACUUCCUGUCCAGUGGAUACCGCAGUCUUGACUGUGUGAAGAACCUGUGGGAGCUGGAGAUUGUCAAUGUGCUCAAGAUCACCCUCCUGGGACACAGGAAACGCAUCAUUGCCUCGCUGGCCGAGCGUCCCUAUGAGGAGGCUCCUGUAAAGCCCCCGCGCCUUUCCCAGAUCAGGUGUCAGGACCUGCUGCCCCAGACCUCCUCGCCCCUCACACCCCUCGACUCCUACACGGGUCGCUCCAUGGACCCCCUCCUGCCCCUGGGGGAGCCUGGGAGGAGGAAGGGUCCCGAGCCUGAUUAUGACGUGGCCCCCCAACGGGCCCGCGCUGAAAGGGCCCUCCCGCAGGAGAGGUAUGAGGAGAGGCAUCGGGAGCCCCGUCUGACCCUGCGACCCCCGAGCCUGGCCGCCCCCUACACCCCGGUGCAGAACUGGCACCACCAACCGGAGAAGCUCAUCUUCGACACCUGUGGCUAUGAAGCCAAUUACCUGGGAUCUAUGCUCAUCAAGGAGCUACGGGGAACCGAGUCCACCCAGGACGCCUGUGCCAAAAUGAGGAGGUCAACAGAGCAGAUGGGGAAGGUGCCUACAAUCGUCCUCUCCAUCACAUACAAAGGAGUGAAGUUCAUCGACGCCGCCAAUAAGAACAUCAUAGCCGAGCAUGAGAUCCGGAACAUCUCGUGCGCGGCUCAGGACCCGGAGGACCUGUGCACGUUUGCCUACAUCACCAAGGACCUGCAGACCAGCCACCACUACUGUCAUGUGUUCAGCACAGUAGACGUGAACCUGACCUAUGAGAUAAUCCUGACGUUGGGACAGGCGUUUGAGGUAGCCUAUCAGCUCGCUCUCCAGGCCCAGAGGAACAAACAGCACCAGGGCACCACAGCAGGAGCCGGGACCGAGGUCAUUGAAACCAAAUCCAGCCGACCAGUUCCCAAACCACGGGGAAGUGUAAGGAAAACGGGGGCAGAGCCGUUGGAGCUGGAGCUGGACUCCCAGUCCCAGGGCAGCGCCACAUGGCUGGUGGACCCUGUCUCCAAGGACUCCAAGAGGACCAUCAGCACGAAGUACGAGACCACCAUAUUCUGAAUGGACCUGCCACCUAUCCUCCAGUCCCCGGACCUACCGCACCUUCUCCUCCCCCUUCCUCCUCCUCCUCCUCCUGUGUGCCUUGCACUGUGACUCUGGCUCCUGCUUCUCUCAUCUGGAAGGGGGGGUCCCUCCUGCCUUCCUCUGUCUCCCUUCACCUCCUGCUCUCCUCUUCCACUCUUUUACCCUGCUGGCUGAGGCUCUCGGCUCCUCGUCUUCUCCCCCAGGCAUCCUACCACUUCCAUGACUUGCCCUCCCUGUGCUGUCCAUGCGUCACCGCUGUCCUCCCACUGACCACGUGUACUUGGUUGUGCUAACUGGACCACCCCUGCUCCUUUGCUCUGGUCAAUAGCUGCCGCCUCCCACUCGGCCCUUAAUCAUUCGAACCCAGGGAUCGUCAGUUUUUCAGACCUAAGCAUUUAGUUCCCCUCGUCUUUGUGGCCAAAAAGCAAGAAUGAGCCUCCUACGACCUCCCCCCUGUCUCGUUUCCUCAAGAACCCUGUGCUUCUCUCACAUUCACAUUUGCACUGCCUAAACACUUGCUUUUCAUUUUGUAUUGUGUGCUGCUGUUAUUUGUAUCAUUUACAUAUGCUUGUAGACUCAGUGAAAUGAUUUGACAGAUCCAGUAACGUGGCUGUGAUGUGUGUAAAACAGCUAGUGUAAUCCACAUUGUUCCGUGGUAGCUAUCUCUUUUAUAUACUCCUAAAGUACCACCCACCCAACUCUUCUGGAACAAUCCAUCAUUUCUCCUCACCCCUUUUUUCAUUCCUUUUAAUCAUCAAUUGUUCUUCUCUGGGUGCUUUUCCUGUUCUAACAGGCGAUGGCCACUGUGAGGCGCUCUUGAAGAACGUUUCUUAUAUUCUGAACUAUAAACUCUUUGACUCCAGUGUUCAGAAAAAAAGAUUGAUUCUCAACAGUCAAGGAUCACCUACCUGGAAGAACAUCUUUUCUAACAGAACCUGUGAAAGAAACACUUCCAUUGUAUUAGUUUCUCUGUAACGGGACGGGUAACUCUUUUCAUAGCACUAAACCCAACAUUCCUAGGAUUGGUCUAUGUGGGUUUACAGUGGGAGUGUUUAUACAUAUCCUAUUAGUAUAUACACUGUUUAUGUCAGUUUAACGGACGCUGUCCGGGAAACUGGCCCUCUGUGUCAUGCUGCCAAAGCAGGCUAGGAUCCAGCACUGUGAACUUGUGGAGUUAAUAUUAAUGGGGCCUUGGUUCAGGAAUGACAGUAGGAAAGACUGGACUCCAAUGCUUACACAGAAUAUAGCCAGGGCUGGAUCUACCACACUGGGGUCUUCUGCCCUGACAAUAUGCCUCAUUUAUUCAUAUAUUUAUUUAAAUAGCCACCUUCCUUUAACACACUUGAAAAAUGUACAGUUUUAUAAUGUUAUUGUAUUCUGAAAUGAGACUAAGAGAAGCUUUAAAGCUAAUUUGCCGAAAUACUGUAACUGUUCCCACAAGGUUGAAAGAAACAUAUUUAAGGGACUUUUUCUGCUAUUUUACAUGUUGUGUUGACAGAUGCUGUCUUUGGGUGCGUCCCCAAGGGGUCUCCACCAAACAGGGGAAAUCCCUUGCGUGCCCAUUCGGUAAUCCAGCCCUGAAUAUAUACUAGUUUCUUAUGUAGAGGUACUCCCUGUUAAAGACAGCUUUGUGAGAAAUCUAUCUGAGCAUGCCUUUCUCCUUUUGUGACUGAGAUUACUUCGAUUUUAUAUCUAGUAUUUCCUGAUUUGGAGUGUCUUGAGCGUGAAUGCGUGGACGCUGGGGGAAUACCAACGUGAAUCCAAAAUGAUAAGAUGUGAAAUGUAUUUGAGGAAUUCAUUCAAUAGAGUAUGAGCCAUAGGGGUGCACCAACUGCAUGUAUUCUACUCUAGCCACCCGUAAUGGACCUAGGUGAUGGUUCUUGGGUUGUAAUCCAGCCUAACCGGUGCAUCAGUCAAUACAGAGCUGAUUGGUGUCGAUAACCUUAAGGAAGGGGAGGAAAGCUUUUCAGGUCUUUCAUCGGAGAGCUAACAGGAUGUGUGUGGAAAUGCAAGUGUGCCAUCGUUCACGAUCCAAGCAUGUCUUAAUGGACUGGAAGACGACGGCAGGACCUUGUCAGUGCACUGACGUUUGUGUUGUACAGCAUUAUGUGUUGUUGCUCUGCUAGAUUCUGUCGGUUUUAAAUGAAAUCAGUGUUCACAUCAAAAUCAACAUCUAACUUAUCACCAUUUCAAUUAGUGAAUACACCCGGUCAACAUACUGAAGGUUCAAACAGUCCAGUGGAGGCCCUUUCUUUUUUUAUCUUUUUUUUUUACUCUUUUCAUUUUUACAACUCAUGCCUUCUGUGGCCAUGUUGCCUGUCUCUGUCUGAUUUAGAAUCCACCCUGUCUAAAAAUGCCUAGCCGCAUUUGGUCAUUCUUUGUAUUUCUUGGCCGUUUUCAUUUCAGUUGGUGUGUGUUUCUAUUAUUUUAACCCCAGUUGGUGUGUGUUUCUAUUAUUUUAACCCCAGUUGGUGUGUGUCUUCCUCCCAUGUAGCUGACUACCAUGGAAAGAUCCCCAGCCAGAGUGAGGUCAGGGGUGACUCAGACCCAUGGUCAUGUGUUGUGGUGCAGGAUGCCUUUUUGGAACCAGGAAGAAGUUCUGGCCCGCUUCCCAUGGCCCCCUCCAACCACAGGGCGCCAUGAUUUAAUAAACCAGGAGGGCAUUACCUGUCUGCCACCCUCAGCCCUCACCUCAUCUUCCACUCCACUACAGGGUGCAGUGCUGUAGCUCUUUUUAGACAGCUCCUGGCUCCUUUCAUCCAGCCCUGUCCACUUUCAUCCAGACUGUCCCCCAGCCAGCAGGCCCAACCAACUUACAUACACACUGGACAAUGGAUCCAAUGUUUUAAAGCUUGGUUUAUUUUAAAGCAGUUGUCACAAGGUGAGUGUAUGUUUGGUACGCGUCCAUCCUUCAAUGUGAUCAAUUCAAUGUUUUUGGUAAAUCUUGUUUACCCUUUACAGAGUAGGGAUUGCUGUUAAGACUGUAUUGAAAAGAUAGAUACCUCGCUAUUUUACGGCUUCAGUCAACUCCUGCUCGUAUGGCCCUUUUCCAUAAACUCACUUUGGUCUUCACUGAGGGCUAUGCUUAGCUUGUUUACUUUUCUGACAGGGAAUUUUGUAUAGGUACGGAUAUUGUUAAUCAACAUAAAUUAUAAUGUAGAUCCUAUCUGGAUGUCUCUGUGCAAUACCAAUGGGAAGAGGGAGACAAAUGUAGAAAAAGGAAGGACUUAUUGUUGUCCUCGGGAAGCUAUACCCAGACGGUACGAUUAGCUAGAAUGAUUAUAAUGUAAAAUGCACCAGUACACUCACAUCUCCUUUCCAUCCAAGCACCAGGUCAGCUACAUCAAAGCAGAACAUAACUUAUAAAGCUACAAUAAAUGCUAGAGUAAUAUUUGGGAGGAAUUUAGGGGGGCUUUUAAACUGACACAAUACUGGCAAUUGUGUAUUGGGUCUUUUUGUACGUGUGAAGAGUUCGGAUGAUGGCUGGUUUCAGAAGGUAGCCCUCAUGAUGGCAGUGUGGUCCCUAUGAUAUUGUCUGAUACAAAUUGAACGGGUCAAUCCACAAGGCCAGUCAUGGAAGGUUUUAGGUACAAUAAAGUACACAGCAUUUUCUCCCUACACAGUAUCUCUCCUGGUGCUUUAACUGUUUUGAUUGGCCGUGGCCAGCUGGAAUGUUAAGCCUUUGUUGGUAUGUUGACUAGUUAUGGUACACACUUACAUGGUACACUGUCUUCAACUGGUUGAUGUUAGCACCUGCAGCAAUCCGCCUGGUCACGCAUUUGCACAUUUGCUAAGGAUAGUGGGUAGUACAUUGGGACUGUUUCGAUGAUACUAAUGAUGAUACCUAUGAUAUUGGAUUGUAAAUUAAUCUCUAGCAGUCUGUAUUUUGAUACUUGAAUGAUUUUGCUUUUUUUAAAUAUCUAUAUAUAUGUAUAUGUAUGUACGUAUGUAAUUUUGGCCACAUUUGUCAAAAAAAGAGUAAGGACUCUGUCUUCUAAAGUUCAACAUAUCAUGAUCCACAACUGUAGAAAAUGGACUGAGAAAGAACUCAAAGGGACCUCACUACAGAAAAAAAAAGAUUGUAAAUAAUCUUGGGCUUCCAAUCUUUUUUUAUGAUUAUUAUUUUCAUAAUUGUACAACUAAUAAAUGAAGAAAUGUUGAACUAGA